AUGCCCGCCUCCAUCCCAACGCCGAGCAUCAACAUCUCGGCAAACUCCUCCUCCUCCUCUUCUGCUAACAAUAACAACUCCCGCUACAGCAACAGCAACCACUACAAUAACCAUAGUAGCACAGCCUCGACCCCCUUUGGCAGCAGCUUCCAUGGACAAGGAGGCUUCCCGUCGCUCUCAAACUCCGGCGCGGCUUCCUCUCCGUUCAACCCCGAAGCCCUUGCCGCUGCAACUGCCCUGCGGAGACCCUCUCUCGUCCUGUCGAUCGGCUCCUUCCACUCUGCCCAACUGAGGCGUCCAUCCUUCUUUGCCCCCUUCCCAUACAGCCAAUCCCCCCAGCUGUCCGAUCCCAUCCAGCCAGAAUACAGCUCAUCGCCAAGAAGAGGCGAUGUCUAUCAGCGGGAACUUGAGGCCAACUACUGCAAAAACUUUUCCUGCUGUGGCCUGACCCUCGGCGAUCUGCAUGCACUCCUGCAGCACUAUGAGGAGGCCCAUGUGCGCUUCGAGGAGGAUGACGACAAUGGCCACCCCGUCCCCGCAGGAUUCACGGACGAGGAUGGUUGGUCCACCGGCUCGGACUCGGGCAAUGACCAUCCCCAAUCAAACGGACGGCACAACGGCCAUGGCUUCAGCAAUAACCACAGCAAAUCACAUUCGGCCUCAGCGGCCAAUGCUGCCGCCGCAGCCACUGUCGCAGCCCUGACAGCCAGCCAUCAACAACAGCAGCACCAAAAGCUGACCCCGCUCUCAUUUUUGAACGCCAAGAAAAAGAACAAUGGGGUCUCGCUUUCCGACAUCUACUCUGAGGACUCUGGCAUGGCCCUCGAUGAUGCUGUUUCGGCCUUUCCCAACUCGAUUUUGAGGACCACGGCUCAGGCUGAGUUCUCUAACCUGGCCAGCAAGAAGCGUGAUCUCUCCGCUUACUCGACGUCCUUUGAUACCCACAGUCCAAUGGCUAAGAAGGUUUCCAAUUUCCAAAACGUGACAUUGACUCCAACUAACCCCUUGACGAACAGAGUCAGCCCAAACACCACUUCAACUACUACCGCAAACGCCGCCUCCCUAUUGUCGAACGCUCUCGCCUCCACGGCAACAGGACAAGCAACAGGAGGCCCCGUGAAAUCACAGGAAGAGCUCUUGAGCACAGUUACCGACUAUUUGGAGCACGCGAUUCAGCAGGGUCUGUUGCCGGAUGUCGGCGAGGUCGGAUCCCCAGCAUAUCUUAAGGCAGCGGAAGACCUGAUCAGGAAGCGCGAGGAGUUGGUGAGCAUUAUGGAGAGCAUCGGCAAGUCCGGAUCUUCUAGCGCAGACAAGCCAUAUCGGUGCACAGUCAGCGGAUGCGACAAGGCCUACAAGAACCCGAACGGACUCAAGUAUCACAACCAGCACGGACACUGCUCGGCAUCUGGUCUCAGCGACGCCGAAGGACCCGAAUCCAAACCAUACGUCUGCUCCUUCCUUGAGUGCGGGAAACGCUACAAGAACCUGAACGGGCUCAAGUACCACAUCGAACAUUCGCACCCCAACCUGACCGCCGCUUUGAAGGCUCACCAAGCAGGAUUGACCAGCCACCCUCUUUUGAUGAACGGUGCCUUUACCAACAACCAGGCUGCGGCCAUGACUCUUGCGGCCGCACUUUCGACAGUCGAGGCUUCUCCCAUGAUGAUGGCUGCCAUUAACGCGAUUUCCGCAUCGGCCGCCAACCAGAACAACCAGAAUAACCAGAACAACAGCAGCAACAACAACAAUGCGGGAAACAUCACCAAGUCUUCGCCACUCGUAGAACAGACACCAGACUCCAGCCCCAACACCAGCUCCAGCAUCCAAAAUGCCGCUGCCGCCACCACUGCAGCCAUCACCACGAGCCUUUUGUCAAGUCUGUCGGCCUACCGCAACACUGUGGAUCCCAACGUGUUUUCGACCGAUGUCACGCCUAUGACUUCUCCCGUGCUCAGCCGCGCGACUCUUCCUGGACUGAACCCACUCUCGAUCCAGACCAAUUCUUCAUCUUCGGCAGGUCUUCACACGGCAGGUAUGAUGACGUCGGGCUUGGUGACGCCUUCAUCACUCUCGCCCACCCUAGCCUCUGCCGCGCCCAAGUCGCCCACGAGCACAGUCUCCCAGGUCUCGACUCUUACUGCUGCCCUGGCUGCCGUCACCGUUGAACAGCAGCGUUACCAACAGCGUCAGCAACAGCAGCUGCAUUAA